AUUUCCGGUUUAUUAUUUCCCACCUCAGUGUAGAUCCCGAACGAAAAUAAAAUGCGAUAGAUAAACUUUACAGCUGAGCUGUGGUCAAUGACAGCUUCAUUACUGAGUCUAGGCGUACUUUACCCACCGCUCUUUUAAAUGUCAGUGCUUUGGAUUCGAGGGGUGUAGCAGGAACGGAAAAAACAACCAUGCAGUUUUCACCGACAAACGGAGAUUUCACAUUCGUCUCCUCUUCGGAAGCUGAAGAACUGAGCGGCACCAUCAGCACGCCCGACGUUAAGCUGAACAUGGGCAGUGAUGGCGGUAAAGAUCCGUACGCUACCACCUUCCUGAGGCAACGGGGCUACGGUUGGCUGCUGGAGGUGGAGGAAGAGGAAAACGAAGAAAGUAAACCUCUUCUGGAAGAGCUGGACAUCGACCUGAAGGACAUUUAUUAUAAGAUCCGCUGCGUGCUGAUGCCCAUGCCAUCCCUGGGUUACAACCGGCAGGUAGUAAGAGACAAUCCAGACUUCUGGGGUCCUCUGGCUGUGGUGCUCCUUUUCUCCAUGAUUUCAAUCUACGGACAGUUCAGGGUUGUGUCUUGGAUCAUCACCAUCUGGAUCUUUGGCUCUCUAACCAUCUUCUUGCUGGCUCGUGUUCUUGGGGGUGAAGUUUCUUACGGCCAGGUUCUCGGAGUGAUUGGAUAUUCUCUUCUUCCUCUCAUCGUCAUCGCUCCUCUGCUCGUAGUGAUCAGAGGGCUUGAGGUGGUUUCCACACUAGUCAAACUCUUUGGAGUGUUCUGGGCGGCGUACAGCGCUGCUUCACUACUCGUCGGAGAUGAAUUUAAAACAAAGAAGCCCCUUCUCAUAUACCCCAUCUUCCUUUUGUACAUCUACUUCCUGUCCCUAUAUACUGGUGUGUGACUGGAUCAGAGAGGACUGUGGACCUUCUUACGGACAGUGACUUUGGUGCAUGGAGGGAAAAGUCGUAUAAUACUAUAAAAUUUGUUUUUAACAAAGCUGUUCAUUUCCUUUUCUAAACGCUGUUCAGUUUUGGACAGUGGGGUUGUGGAGAAUACAGAAUAUUGUAAAUAGUUUUGUUCUUCCUGUCUUUGGUCAAUAAAAUGCGUAUGAUUUUA